CUUUGAAGACUCUUUUGGGAAGGAAGGCCAUGGGAAGAGCUCCUUGCUGCGACAAAGCAAACGUGAAGAAGGGUCCAUGGUCGCCCGAUGAAGAUGCGAAGCUCAAAUUCUAUAUCGAGCAGCACGGUACAGGUGGAAACUGGAUCGCGCUGCCUCAGAAAAUCGGUCUUAAGCGAUGUGGGAAAAGUUGUCGACUCCGUUGGUUGAACUACCUUCGUCCGAAUAUUAAGCACGGGGAUUUCACUGAAGAAGAAGAUAGAAUAAUUUGCAGCCUUUAUGUAAACAUUGGAAGCAGAUGGUCGAUUAUUGCGGCUCAAUUGCCUGGAAGAACAGAUAACGAUAUAAAGAACUACUGGAACACGAGGUUGAAGAAGAGAUUAUAUGGGAAGCACCACGAGAAGCAACAACAACCGGUGAGAAGAGGAAGAAAAAUCAAAUCCGAAAUUGGAAAUUCCAUGGAUAUUGUCUUUGAUAAUCAUGUUAUUUAUGAUAAUGAUAAUAACCAAUUACCUUUCUUGCCGGAGUUAACCACGGCGCUCAAUUCGCCGCCGCCACCUCCGCCGUAUGCAAAUUACCAACCGCUUCAAUUCCCUUCAACUCCUCAGCAACUUUCCGGCGUUGAUCUGAGCAGAAGAGACGAUGUCCAGUUUGAAAUGGAUGGGGGUUCGUGUCUACCGGCCACGAGCUGCCAAGUAGGUGAGUUGGAGAAGGUUGUUUACAGCAAUACGGCGUCGUUUGAGGAUGGGCUGCAGUUUUCAUAUGAUAACAAUGGGUUGAUGAACGAUCUAGAUUGGGGGGAAAUGAGUUGUUUGAUUUCUGCUCCUUCAUAUUCCUCAAUGGCUCAUGAUUCCAUGAUUGGUUCGUCUUAUUUGGAGCAGCAAAAGCAAAAGCAAUAGCUUAAUCAAAGAGUAUCAAAGUUAUGUGAAUGUGUACAUAACCCAAUAGGCCAGGCUUCUUUUAGAAGUAAAACCCUAAGAAGUUUUGAUUCUGUGUAAUUCUUUCAAAUGUGGUUUAAAAUAAAAUCUCAUUUUUAUGCCGA